UGUAAUGUUUCCAAAAAUCGCUUCACUUUUGUUUAUAAGUGCUGCUUUUGCGUCGAAAAUGUUCGAAAGCGAUUUAAACGUUAACGAUUUUUUGCGAACGGAUUUAAUGCCGACUUACUUCAUUGUGGAACAGGCUGAUACUAAUGUGUCUGUGCCUAAGAGUGCUGUUAACUCUGUCAAUGGAUCGAUCGACGCAGCACUGUCCACCCUCGAGUAUCACAGAAAAAUGAUGAACGAAUACCGCUGCCGCAAUUUCCUCGCCGAGCAGAUCCUCGAAGAGAUGGGCAAGCCGGUGCUGCAGACCCGGCUCGGCACAGUUUUCGGCCAGAACAGCCUGACCCGUCGCUCGCAGGACCCGAGGACCAACGUCCUGUACGAUGUCGGUUCAGCUAACUAUCAGGACUGGCUUGCUAAAGUAGCAGCUCUAAACGACGUGUACCGACAAUACAACGCUGUGGGAGGCACUGCUCCCAUCUCCAAUUCUUCGUUGGACCAGCUGCAGACCAGGGAUGGGUACGAGGUCUACGAGGGUGGUGACGUCAGGGCAUACCAGGAACAAGAGCAGCCAGUUAACCAUGACGUUGCGAAAUUUAGCGGUGCCUACGAAUACUCGAUGCCCCCUCCCCCGCCGCCGCACUACCACCACCCCGCGGCCGUCCACGAAGAGUACGUGAUCGAAGACAAGCACCACGGGCUGGGGCUGAGCGACCUCUUCGACAUAUCACUCACGGGUAUCGCCUUCUUGAGCUUUGGCAUGUUCGUGCUGCAGGUGCUGAUGUGCAUUUGUUCGAAUCCUCAACCACCCCAAGUGAUGCAGAUGGUAGACAGCAGCAGUGACUCUGUGAACGUCGACGAAGUAUUCCGAUUCAAGCGCGAUGAAGAACAUUCUAGAAGUAAACGCGCUGAUCCGAAAAUCGCUACAAUCAAUACUCUGGCCAGAUAUGCGAUGAUAGCAUUAAAACCGCGCUCGACUCCUUGCCUACAUAGGGCAUUGUGUCUGGGGAAUGGACGAGCAAGGAAUAUGCAGGAUGGUAACAAAUAUUGGUUGCCGAUUUGGAAUGCUGGAGUAGCAUGGACGCGCGGAAAAACGUUGGGUGCGUUGCGCGCCGCGGCGCUUGGACUGGGCGGAGCAGACUGCGAUGCGCUCUAUCCGCCCGCCCACUGCUCCUGAAGAUUACAUUACGACGGCAUUAU